AUGUCAACUUCUAAUUUACUUCAUUGUGGUUUUUGUUUGAAAACUUAUAUACAUAAAGGCUCAUUAAAAACUCAUGAAAUAACAAAACAUAAAAAUAAUAAAUCACUUCAUAAUCAUUAUCCUCUUUAUACUCCUCUUUUUUCAGAUUGUCAACAGUUUUGUUCUACUUUUAUAAAUCUUGUACAAAAACGAUUAACUUCUCACCAUUCUACUCAAGGCUUAAAGCUUAUAGAGUUUCCCUGCUCUGAAAAUAUUUUUGCAUUUUAUUUUCGAAAAGAAGAAGGAAAGACAAUUGACAAAAUAGGUUCAAAAACCUAUGCAGUUUUUAAUCAAGUAAAUCUAGAUGACAAUACAAUUGAAGAAAAAGAG